UUGUCAUUACUUUUUCAAAAAAUAUACAUAUAUCUGAGAGGCAAACUAUUACUGUUUGAAAUAAAUAUUUUGGUGCCCUAAAAACGUUGAACUUGCAUGCAAAAACACCAUACAUAUUUUUUUUAUAAAAUAACAUGCAAAAUGCAUAAAUCACUUAUAAAAAAGGAGACGACAAAUAAAAACCAUUAAACUCAUGUUCAACAGCCCAGGGGUUAAUGACAAUAAGUAAUAUGGUCACUGAGUACACAGUAGGGGGCGUAAGCGGAAGAUUUUCAUCCCCUUGCUUUAUCCCCUCUUUCACCAUAUGACAAAAGCACUUUUCUUUGAGAAUGAAAACAGAAGGCAUGUUUAAUAUCAAAACUACAACCAAGCCUUUACAUUUUUAAGAACAAGAACUGACUAAAUUAAAUCAUUUUUUUAAGAACCCUUCUGUUUAAUGGUUGUGAUGUCUUUUCCAGCAGUAGAAAGAGUUUUCAUGGAGCUAUGGUCAAUAUUUAUAACAUUUUUACUUAUGGCAAAUAUAAAUAUAGACCCCAGAUUUACUGUUAUGAGAAACAUUAUGGCAAUAGAAGGAACUUCAACAGCUGAUGAAUGUCAAGUGACUCCUGUAAUUCAUGUUCUUCAGUAUCCUGGUUGUGUCCCAAAACCUAUACCCAGCUUUGCUUGUACUGGAAGAUGUGCUUCGUAUUUACAAGUAUCUGGCAGUAAAAUUUGGCAAAUGGAAAGAUCCUGCAUGUGUUGUCAGGAAUCUGGUGAAAGAGAAGCCUCAGUAUCCCUAUUCUGUCCAAAAGCCAAACCAGGAGAACGAAAAUUUAAGAAGGUAACAACAAAAGCUCCACUUGAUUGCAUGUGCAGACCUUGCACUGGAGUUGAAGAAAGCGCAGUAAUACCUCAAGAAAUAGCUGGUUAUGCUGAUGAAGGACCCUUAUCAAAUCAUUUCUUAAAAUCACAAACAAAUCAGUAA